AUGCGUGCCUCGUUGGGACUCUUUCUAGUGGGCACAGUAACUGCCGAUCUGUUUGGCGGCGCCAACGAGCCGGUGGCGCCUGGUGACAACGUUCAGUCGGUUGUUGGGACGGGGUCCGUGCAGAAUCCAGGUGUGGAUGCUGCAGCCGUUGGAGCGGCGAGUGCGGAUGGCGCAGAAGUGGCUGCAGACAUUGCGGGUGGCGCUGGGAACGUCCUCAAUGGCGAUGCAGCGGUGGCUGGAGGGGCUUCAAGUCUGGCGCUGCCGGUUGCGAACGGCAACAGCUUUGCUGGCCUCGCUGCUCCUGCAGCGGAUCCGGUACCCGGGGCGGAUCCGGCGGCAGCAGUCGGCGCUCCCGUCGCGAGUGGCGAACUCGCGAGUGUCACAAUCCAGGAUGGCGCGGCACAGAUGGUCGGCGCGGCGGGAGGCACUAACGAGGGUGCGGGUACUGACCAUGAGGCUGGUAUAUUUGAUCGUUUGUUUGGUGACAGCGAGACGGAAGACAAGGACACUGUAAUGGCGAAUGAAACUUUGCCGUUGGAUGCGGAGGCUGCGGGUGGUUUGGGUGCAUUCAUCCAAGAUUUUGCGAAGGAGUUGGGCCCCAACGCGACCGAGGGAGGUAAUGACCUGCUCCGGGUAGCUCCGAUGGGCAUUUUGGAGAGUGAUCUUCCCGUUGAACCGAGCGCCCAAAGCGAGGCCCAAAGCGAGUACCAGAGCGAGGCCCAGGGCGACGCUGGCCAAAGCGAAGCCCAGGGUGACUCAGACGCCAUUCACUCGAAGAUUGCUGAGUCCAGCGACCAUACCGGCUCCACCAUCGGCACCGUGGCAGCCGCCGGUGGCGUAGUCAUGGCCGGCGCAGGCGCCUUCGGCAUCUGGGCCAGAAAGAGAAGCGCCCGGAGACAUACCGAACUCAGCAGGUUCGGAUCACCGAGUCGGAGCAACAACGAGCUGCCCCGACGUUUUUUGCCUGUUUAA